AUGGAUGAUAUGAUAAUUACUGAAAGUGAUGAAGAAGAAAUAUCUCGAUUGAAGGAUGAUCCGUCGGUUCUAUUUGAGAUGAAUAAUUUAGGUGAGGUUGAAUGUUUUCUUGAUUUAAAAGUAGAAAAAAUCAGCCACGAGUACUUUAUAUGCCAAAGAAAACACGCUAAGAAUUUGUUGAAGCACUUAGGCAUGGAAGAGGCAAAAGAAAUGACAAUUCCAAUAGAGAUGAAUCUUAAGAUGAAGAAAACCGAAGGCAAGUUGCUGAAAGAUGCGAGAUCAUUUCGACAACUUGAUCCAAGAACUCCUCAUUUAGAGGCAGCAAAAAGAAUCCUGUGUUAUAUAAAAGGAUCAGUUGAUUAUGAUUUUAUGUAUGAGAAAGGGGAUGAUUUUAUGUUGCAAGGAUUUACAGAAGCAGAUUGA